AUGCGUGGCCUCUGUGCAGCGGUUGCGGUGGCCAGCCUUCUGGGCGCCUGUUCGGCGCACCCGGCCUUGCGUGAACGCGCCCUGACACCAGAUGGACGGGCGCCUGGCGAGCUGUCGGAUCACCCGGCCUUGAAGCAGCGGACACCCGGUCCGCUGGAGGAGCGCUCGGUGGUCAAUGUGGCGUACCCGGACGGCACGGCGGUGGGCCUGACGGUGGGCAGCAUCGAUUCGUUCCGGGCGAUUCCGUUUGCGCAGCCACCGGUGGGCGACUUGCGGCUGCGACCGCCGUUGAAGCCGGACGGACCACUCGGACAGAUCGACGCGACGCAGCUGCUGGGCCCGAGCUGUCCGCAGAUGCUCAUCUCGACAGGCUCGAACCAGCUGCUGUUCGACAUUCUGGGCGACCUGGUGGACGUGCCGAUCUUUGAGCAGGUCGGCACCGAGCAGGAGGACUGUCUGACGCUCAACGUGCAGCGGCCGGCUGGCACGACGUCUGGGGCGAAGCUGCCGGUGCUCGUCUGGUUCUUCGGCGGCGGCUUCGAGUUGGGGUCCAAUGCCAUCUACGACGGCAGCGACCUGAUCGACAUGGGCGUCUCGAUCGGCCAGCCUUUCCUCUUCGUGGCCAUCAACUCGCGCGUCAACGGCUUCGGUUUCCUCGGCGGCAGUGCCCUCAAGGCCGAGGGCUCGACCAAUCUCGGCCUCUUGGAUCAACGGCUCGGCCUGCAGUGGACGGCCGACAACAUUGCUGCCUUUGGCGGCGAUCCCGACAAGGUCACCAUCUGGGGCGAGUCGGCCGGCUCCAUCUCUGUGCUCGACCAGAUGGUUCUCUUCGGCGGUAACAACACGUACAACGGCAAGCCGCUUUUUCGCGGCGCCAUCAUGGAUUCGGGCAGCAUCGUGCCGGCAGACCCUAUCGACGGUUCCAAGGCCCAGGCCAUCUUCGACAGCGUCGCUGCCGAGUCGGGCUGCGGUGCCGAGGCGGACGAUGCUGCCACCCUCGCCUGUCUGCGCGCAUGCCCCUAUGCCACGUUCCAGAAGGCCGUCAACUCGGCCCCGGCCAUCUUCUCGUACAACUCGCUCGCUCUCUCGUAUCUACCGCGGCCUGAUGGCACCGUCCUGACCGACAGCCCCGACCAGCUUGUGCUUAGCAACAAGUAUGCCGCCGUGCCCAUGAUCAUCGGCGACCAGGAGGACGAGGGCACACUCUUUGCCAUCCUUCCCAUUAACGUCACCGAUACUGCUUCCACGGUCGAGUAUCUCAGCUCGCUCUAUUUUCACGACGCCACCAAGGAGAAGCUUACUGAAUUCGUCGAGACCUAUCCUGACGACCCCUCUGCCGGCUCGCCCUUCCGCACCGGCGUCUUCAACGAGCUUCGUCCCGGCUUCAAGCGGCUCGCCGCCAUCCUCGGUGACCUUACCUUCAAUCUCAGUCGCCGCGCCUUUCUCGCUGGCACUUCACUCCUCCGCCCCGACGUGCCGUCUUGGUCCUACCUCGCCUCCUACGACUACGGCACCCCCAUCCUCGGCACCUUCCACGCCACCGACCUGCUCCAGGUCUUCUAUGGCGUCCUGCCCAAUUAUGCCAGCAAGAAUAUCCAGACAUACUACAUCAACUUUGUCACCAAUCUUGAUCCCAACGUCGGCCACAAUGCCACGCUCAUGGCUUGGCCCCAGUGGUCCGCCGGCCAGAAUCUGAUGCAGUUCUUCAACGACCACGCCAGCCUGCUCGCCGACAGCUUCCGCUCCGCGAGCUACAAUUUUAUCGUCAAUAACAUUGACAUCUUCCGUAUCUGA